CAGGUGAUUAGUGUGAGAACAGCUCCACUUCCUCAUCAUCAUCAUCUUCCUCAUCGUCUCACAGCUCGGCGGUCAUGAAGGACGAGGCUGGACAGGAGGAGGAUCAUUUCUCCCGCGAUCAUCUAUAUGAGGAUUACAGGAGCUGCUACCUGCGGCUCGGUGCUGAGGUCCGGCCCUGUCGGGACCCCCGGCUCCUGAAGAGGGCGGCCCGGUUCCUGCUGAGGAGCCCCGACCUGAGAGCCACUUUCACGGUGUUCCCCUUCUCCCAGGCUGUGGCGGAGAGAUGGGCUGAAGGCACCGACAGCAGGAAACACCUGAUGGGCUUAAUCAAAGCCACAGAGAUGCUGGAGACCCUCUGCAUCAACAUGUUCCUGCAGCCCUGGAAGAAGGAGAUCAGGUCCCUUAAGACGUUUACAGGAGCCUUUGUUUACUGUCUGCUGCCGGUUCUCAGCUGUUCCACCAUUCAGGCCAUCUUGGCCUCCAUUGGCUACCUGCCCAACAGCGACGCCGAUAAGAGUGAGUUCACACUGAGUGCUGGUCCCGAUGCGGACCGAGCUUUGCUGCUGGGAUUCGAACUGCUGCUGGCCAGAGUGGAAUGUUCUCAUCUGCUGGACCUACUGGUGGAGCACCAACUGGGACCACAGGAAUGGUUAGAUGUUCUCCAGAGAGGAAAGCAGCCUGCAAAGUUGAUAGAUCCCUCAGAAAAGCAAGCGAUACUAGAGGAAAGGAGAGACAACGAUGCUGAGAAGGAGGAUUUGGAUAAGAAAGGGGAAGCUCUGCGUUUAGAGGCCAGGCCUCCCUCAGUCCCCCAGCCUAAGCCUCGCCGGUAUGGCCUCAGCAACAUGGACCAUUCGGUUAUGGAUCUGCAGAGGACGUACCCAGACCUGGCCUUCAGGGGUCGCCCUCUGCUCGCAGAGCAACCUCAGAAAGCUGCUGUGGCCGACUGUGUAGCUGAUGGUACCACUGAGCAUUUAAAAACAAAGCUGAUGGAGAAUAAAGCGCUGACUGGAUGUGACGGUUAUAAAGACAGAACCAGUGCAGGGGUCACUGACCCAUCAGAAACCAGCUUUAGGAACUCUGACGAAUCCAGAUUGGAUGAUGAUGAUCACCUCAGUGGUCCUCAAGCCAUUUCCCUUCAUAUCACACUGAGGAAAGGACCCAAAGUGGAACCGAGCUUGGAUCUAGGAAAGAUGCCCCCCCCCACAGAGGCGUCUGAUGGAAAGCAGAAAUCUGCCAGAGAUGAUGUGACGGCUGAUCCAUCGGAGUCUCCAUCCUUCAGCUCGAUUGAUGAAGAGCAACAGCUGAGGGAGCUAGCAGAGAGGAUGGGACAGGGAGCGACAGAGGUGAAGGGAAAAACCACUGGCCCAACGGAGACGGGAACAUGUGUGGAAGAACAAAACCAGGAGAACAAACGGUGA